AAAUCUUUCCCAUUUUCAUCAUCAAUCCCUCUCUCAGUUUAUAACUACAAAGACCGAAUAAGAUCACUCUCUUGAAUCCUCCACCGUCUAUUCCAUUGACUUCCCUUAAACUUCCCGAAAAGUCUAACCUCUUCUCAGAACUCCCACCCAUACAGGGCCCUUCUCCUCCUUUGAUCCCCCAUCCCCCAUUUCAACAACAGAAAAUUGCCCAUAAAUGACUCAUUUUCUUUUUGGGUUUUCUUUUGGUCUUAGGAUUUAGGAAAUAAGAAAUUUUCAAAAUUGAGAAGAAGUAGAAGAAGCGCUAGUGUGUCAUGAUCAGAUGCUAUCGGGUGUAAGAUAAGCGACACCAUGAUCAACACGGCCAACGGUACGAUUUCGACCUCUUCGUCCUCGGCAAACGCUCAAUCGCCGGGUUUGAAGACUUAUUUUAAAACCCCAGAAGGUCGAUAUAAGCUUCACUAUGAAAAGACUCACCCUUCUAGCCUUCUUCACUAUGCUCAUGGCAAAACUGUUACUCAGGUUACCCUAGCACAUUUGAAGGAGAAGCCAGCUCCAUCAACUCCGACGUCUUCAUCGUCCAGCUACAGUGCCAGUGGUGGGGUCAGAUCAGCAGCAGCAAGGUGGCUAGGUGCUGGGAACGGGAGCCGCACGCUUGGAUUUGCUGGGGGGAAUGGUGGGAGUAAAAGUAUUAGUAGUACUAGUAGGAUUGGGUCAUUGGGUGCUUCAAGUUCUAGUAAUUCAAUCACUAAUAUGAAUUUUGAUGGGAAAGGGACUUAUUUAAUCUUUAACGUUGGUGAUGCUAUCUUUAUAAGUGAUUUGAAUUCUCAGGACAAGGAUCCAAUAAAGUCUAUCAAUUUCAGUAAUUCGAACCCUAUCUGCCACGCAUUUGAUCAAGAUGCCAAAGAUGGCCAUGAUUUGCUUAUCGGGUUGAAUUCUGGUGAUGUUUACUCUGUGUCACUGAGGCAGCAGUUACAGGAUGUUGGAAAGAAGCUUGUUGGGGCGCAGCAUUACAACAAAGAUGGUUCUGUCAAUAACAGCAGUCGGUGUACUGGUAUUGCAUGGGUUCCCGGAAGUGAUGGUGUUUUUGUGGUGGCUCAUGCUGAUGGAAACAUGUACGUGUAUGAAAAGAACAAGGAAGGAGCUGGUGAUUCUUCAUUCCCUGUUGUAAAAGACCAAACUCAAUUUUCAGUUUCACAUGCACGUUACAGUAAGAGUAACCCAAUGGCGAGAUGGCAUGUUUGUCAAGGUUCAAUUAAUAGCAUUGCUUUCUCCCAUGAUGGGGCAUACUUAGCAACUGUUGGAAGAGAUGGCUAUCUGCGAGUUUUUGACUAUUCAAAAGAACAGCUUGUAUGUGGUGGCAAAAGUUAUUAUGGUGCUCUACUAUGUUGCGCUUGGAGUAUGGAUGGGAAAUAUAUUCUGACUGGAGGUGAAGAUGACUUGGUUCAAGUUUGGAGUAUGGAAGAUCGAAAGGUUGUGGCAUGGGGUGAGGGGCACAACUCAUGGGUUAGUGGAGUGGCAUUUGAUUCGUAUUGGUCAUCACCUAAUUCUGAUGGCACAGGGGAGACUGUGAUGUACCGGUUUGGUUCUGUUGGUCAGGACACACAGUUGUUAUUGUGGGACCUGGAAAUGGAUGAGAUUGUAGUGCCAUUGCGUCUAUGCCCUCCUGGUGGGUCUCCCACUUACACAACUGGGAGCCAAUCUUCCCACUGGGACAACAUAAGCCCAUUGGGUACCCUGCAACCUGCCCCAAGUAUCCGAGAUGUUCCGAAAGUUUCUCCACUGGUUGCUCAUCGUGUUCACAACGAACCACUCUCGGGCUUGAUUUUUACCCAGGAAUCAGUACUUACUGUUUGUCGAGAGGGACACAUAAAAAUCUGGAUGAGACCCGGUGUUGGGGAAAGCCACUCAAGCAACAGUGAAACAGUGCUAACUAACAGUUUGAAGGAUAAGCCGUUUGUAUCCAGCAAGAUUGGGAGUUCUAGCUACAAACAAUGAGCAGACCAUCAUGAAAAGAGGCAAAAGACAAAACAAAGAUAAAUAUUUUUUUCUCUGCAUUUCUAUUUGCUAGUGUGGCCGUUCAUCUCUUUAUGAAGUUGGGUUUUCUCAAAAAGUACACAAGUGUUUGAUGGGAACUGAAUUGGAAUGAGAUUUAACCAUCUGAAUCCAUUGUAUAUCGAGGAACAAAAAAUGGCAGUGACAGCACAAAAAGAGGUCUGGAGGAAGAAACAAACCUCCAUUGUAAGUACAAACGGCUUUUCUUAGAAAAUACAUAAAAGAAAAAAACAGUGACAGUGACCUGAAAUUGCACCUUUGAGAUGUGUAAAUCUUUAAGAGGUGCAGUUGAGAUAUUGAUGAUGGCAUCAUUGCGGUUAAUAUAUAAGUAUGAUUUUUGAUGGAUCGUCCAAA